AUGUUCGCAAGAUCAGCCUUUCGGGCUGCUCAGAACUUGAAUCAGCCUGUUCGCCGCUACGCCUCCGAAUCCUCAGCUAAGACCGCCUUCAAGAAUUACAAACCGAAUUCGAACUUCUAUGCAGGCUCGACUGCCGGAGCCGUUGGACUAGCAUAUCUCUUAUUCAGGGAGUACUUCCCAUCAACGAAGACGGGUGCGGCUCCCGCAGCAAUCACAGCUGACGCAGCCCCGAAAGCCUUCACGGGCGGCGAUCAGGGCUUCAUAUCCCUAAAGCUUGAUUCGGUUGAAAAUUACAAUCACAAUACCAAGAAGUUUCGCUUCUCCCUGCCUGAUGCCAAUUACGUCAGCGGCCUCAAUAUCGCGUCUGCCUUGAUCACCAAAUACAAGGGUCCCCAGGAUGAAAAGCCUGUAAUUAGGCCGUACACGCCUACGAGCGAUGAAGAUGCAAGAGGAUAUAUUGAUUUCGUGAUCAAGAAGUACGAAGGUGGCGCAAUGAGCACCCAUCUACACAACAUGUCACCUGGGCAGAGGCUGGAGUUGAAGGGACCGAUUCCCAAAUACCCCUGGGAGCCAAACAAGCAUCCGAGUAUUGCCAUGGUUGCGGGUGGAACUGGGAUUACGCCCAUGUAUCAAGUCGCGCGAGCCAUCUUCUCAAACCCGGAAGACAAGACGAAAGUCACCCUAGUCUUCGCCAAUGUGACCGAAGGAGACAUCCUCCUGAAAUCCGAAUUACAAGAGCUCGAGAACACCUAUCCUAACCGAUUCAGAGCCUUCUACCUGCUCGAUAAGCCACCAGACAGCUGGAAACAGGGAAGCGGCCACGUGACGCAGGAGCUCUUGAAGACGAUCUUGCCGUUUGAGCCAAAGGACAAGGACGGAAAGAUCUUCGUAUGCGGACCUCCGGGCAUGUACAAAGCUGUGAGUGGAAUGAAGAAGAGUCCUCAGGAUCAGGGUGAAUUGUCCGGCAUAUUGAAGGAAAUGGGAUACACGGAAGAUCAGGUCUACAAGUUCUAA